AGUAGAGGUCGUCUCAUAAGGGGACGCACUGACAGAGACAGGCACAGUAACGCGCAGACAGGCUCAAAGACAGGCGUUUCGCGUCCUGAAAUUCUGCUUUAAGGGCCAGCUCCACUCGCUUUCUUUUCUGAUGUUGUUUGUCCCUCGCGAGGCACCGUUGGGUCGCGCAGGAGGCGUGACUAGGGGCGGGAAGUGGGGCGGGAGCGGGGCCGCCGAGCCGGGGCUGCCGCUGUCAUGGACGCCUGGGUCCGCUUCAGUGCUCAGAGCCAAGCCCGGGAGCGGCUGUGUAGGGCCGCCCAGUAUGCUUGCUCUCUUCUUGGCCAUGCGCUGCAGAGGCAUGGAGCCAGUCCUGAGUUACAGAAACAGAUUCGACAACUGGAGGGCCACCUGAGCCUGGGAAGAAAGCUUCUACGCCUGGGUAACUCAGCAGAUGCCCUUGAGUCAGCCAAAAGAGCUGUGCACCUGUCAGAUGUUGUCCUGAGAUUCUGCAUCACUGUUAGUCACCUCAAUCGAGCCUUGUACUUCGCCUGUGACAAUGUCCUGUGGGCUGGAAAGUCUGGACUGGCUCCUCGUGUGGAUCAGGAGAAGUGGGCCCAGCGUUCAUUCAGGUACUAUUUGUUUUCCCUCAUCAUGAAUUUGAGCCGUGAUGCUUAUGAGAUUCGCCUACUGAUGGAACAAGAGUCUUCAGCUUGUAGCCGGCGACUGAAAGGUUCCGGAGGAGGAGUCCCAGGAGGAAUUGAAACUGGGGGACUUGGGGGACCAGGGACCCCAGGAGGAGGUCUGCCCCAACUGGCUCUGAAACUUCGGCUCCAAGUCCUGCUUCUGGCUCGAGUCCUUAGAGGUCAUCCCCCACUUCUGCUGGAUGUGGUCAGAAAUGCCUGUGAUCUCUUCAUUCCACUGGACAAACUAGGCCUCUGGCGUUGUGGCCCUGGGAUUGUGGGGCUUUGUGGCCUCGUGUCCUCCAUCCUGUCUAUUCUCACCCUAAUCUAUCCCUGGCUACGACUCAAGCCCUGACUUUCUGGUACAGGAUAAGGGGGGGACCUAAAUUGGUGAGAUGGAAUCUUAGAUCGUCCCUCAUGUGCCAGACUCCUUCUAAUUCUACUUAAAAAGUUCAAAUUAGAAAUUCAGGGAUUUGGGGUGGAGGACGAGCUUUGGGGAGGAUGAGUUGAGGAAAGGUGACUAUGAAGUUAAUAGGAUGACUCUAAUUUCUAGAUGUGCCUGGUCUUCUGUUCUUUUCCUCUUUCAUUGUCUAUGUCUCUCUUGAAUGUGUUUACUUUGUGCCUCUUAAGUCUAUUUAAGAUUCUGUGUCCAUCUGUCUUUUUUUUAUUAUUAUUAAAUCUCAUUCUAUCCAGAGAUUUAAUCAGCAGAAUUACUUUUUUAGAGGAAGUAUAAGAUUUUGUCUGUAAGGUUCUAACUGCCUUCUUUUUUCUCACAGAGGUGGCUUAUGGCAGAUUUUUCCUUCUUCACAUUCCAAAUCAUAAUUUUUAAGCCUUGAUGUGCCAGUGGACUCUUCCCUCGUAUCUCUGCACCACAAGCUGUUUGACGUUUCCUCUUCCUCCCUCGUGUCUACCUCACCAACUUUGCUUGUGAUUUGGCCCUUAUCCUUCCUUGUACACAUACCUUCAGAUUUCUGCUGACACUGAUUUCAGAGCUUUAUUCCCUAGCCUGUUCUUACCCCUUCGUUGCUUAUCCAGAAUGAUGCUGUGUCUAGCAUCUUCCUGUAAAUACUGUACAAUGAUUCUGUGUAAAUAGAUGUGGCCUGUGCCAAUAAUGAAGAGCAAGCCUUUCAGGUAAGCAAAUUAAAGUUCAGUUUGCUCAUCA